AUGAGAGGACUUGCUUUUCCGUGCGCAAGCACCGAAACGAAAGCGAGGGGGACGCAAUAGAGCUUAGGAAAUAUUUGUCCUUGUCGUGGUAGCGAUGGCGCUGCUGCACCACGCCCAUGCUUCCCAACCUCUACGUAUCUCGGCAAUCCCUCAAACCCAUCUCUCCUCUCCGAAACUUGCCUCCUCCCUCGUCUUGUCAAGUACGCGCUUCGGUGGAUUCCCCACACUCCCAAUUGCAGGAGCAUCGUCUAGGUGGUGGGCAGGGCCGUCCAUGGCCAUGGUAGGUGUGAAGUCUGCUACCGAGGGAGCCAAGUUCGCAGUUCCGCCUCCUGCGCACCCCACGUAUGAUCUUUUGCAUGUAAUUCGUCUGGCGCUUGCUGAGGAUGCCGGCGAUCAGGGUGCGUUCCUGGUUCUUUUGAAUUUUCUGCCGGUUGGAAUUCUCGCAGCUGCUGCUAUGGUAAACCCAGCAAGUGAUGUGACUUGCUUAGCAACAAUGACGCCAGACGUUCAAGCAGAAGCUCAAUUUCUAGCCAAGGCGAAUGGAGUGAUUGCUGGAAUCGCAUUGGCAGAGAUGGUGUUUACUGAAGUGGACCCAUCGUUGAAGGUGGAGUGGACUGUUCGCGACGGAGAUUUGAUUACCAAGGGCCAGCAAUUUGGAACUGUUAGAGGAGCGGCUCAGAGCAUAUUGACCGCGGAAAGAGUUGUUCUGAAUUUUAUGCAGCGGAUGAGUGGUAUAGCUACUUUAACUAAGGCCAUGGCAGAAGCUGCAAAACCAGCUCGAAUAUUGGAGACCAGAAAAACAGCACCUGGGUUACGACUUGUUGAUAAAUGGGCAGUUUUGAUUGGAGGAGGUGAAAACCAUCGGAUGGGAUUGUACGAUAUGGUUAUGGUUAAAGAUAACCAUAUUGCUGUCGCUGGAGGAAUUCAGCAAGCCAUAUCCGCCGUCGACAAUUAUCUGAACUCGAAGAAUCUCAAAAUUGGUGUUGAGAUUGAAACAAGAACUCUGGAAGAGGUGCAAGAAGUGCUGCACAGUGUGGCACAAGGCAAAGGCCGUGUAACUCGUGUUAUGCUUGAUAACAUGGUGGUGCCUUUGGAGAACGGUGAUGUAGAUGUUUCUCUGCUUCAACAAGCAGUGAGUAUGAUUGAGGGAAAAUUUGAAACUGAGGCCUCCGGUAAUGUGACGCUUGAUACGGUUUCUAAAAUUGGUUCUACUGGUGUGACCUUCAUUUCCAGUGGGGCAUUGACACACUCAGUGAAAGCAUUGGACAUCUCUUUGAAUGUGGACACAGAACUGGCUAUAGAAGUAGGCAAACGCACCAAUCGUGCAUGAUACCCGGUACUCGUCUGUCUGGACAUUCCUUGCUCGGUGCUCUGAGUUAUCGUGUGGAAACUUAUGUAAACCAAUUUGCAUAAGCACGUGAUCCUUCAUUCAUCGAGACUGAAUAGAAUAAUACGAGUUGGUGUGAAUUUCGACAUUGUAGCUGGAUCAUGGUGCAUAUAAGAUGACCCAUGCAGUCCUCCUGGAAUUAUCAUUUUAUGAAUAAAUAGCUUUAAUGUGGAAAAGUAAUCAUUACAAUUAUUCAAACAACCUCAUCAUAGAUUGUUAGCAAUAAGCAUUAAAAAUAAAAAAUAAAAAAAGUUAAGUCUUUUUUUU